CCUCAGAAAAGGAUCUGAGCACUUCCUUAACCUCCUCCUAAUCCCAAACCAAACCCAGUGAAAACAAAUCAAUGGUUAAUCUGUGGUAAGACACCAGAGCACAGCAGGAAUUUUAAGGAGAGGAAAUCCUUUCUCUUCCUGCUCCUGCAAGACAAAGAGGGGGGGGAUGUAAAAGCACACACACACACACACACACACACACACACACACACACACGGAUCUGCUUUUUGGCUCCAAUCGGAACAUGGAGUCAAUGAAUCGAUGUUCUCCGGGGGUCUCGGUUGUUGUUGAGGGGGGUGUGUGUAGAGGGAACUCCCACUGAAGGCGUUUCUUCCCGGUCCCUGUUCCCGGGGACAAUGCGCUGAAUCUGGGCUUCACUUUUCCCACGUUUUUCCCUGCAGGAGUGGAGCGCGAGCGUGGACGUUAACCGUUCAAUCUGCUUUUAAACGUGUUUUUUAAGCGAGUUUAACUCUUUUUAAAUCGCUCCAAACACGACCGCAAAGCUCCACCCGCGACAGUCGAUGAUUUUCAGGGGAGGAAAGUUGACUUUGGUCGGUGUUUUUAGUCCCGGACUUUGUCGAAUCAACGUUGGACCGUUGGAUCGACUCUCUCGGCUGUAACGACAAAACCACAACAGGUACGGCUCAGUUUGAUAAAAAUAAGCUUUUAAAAGCAGAAUGUCUGCUCUUUUAAAGAUACACUGCAUUUGUUUUAGUGUUUUUGUCAACUGGCGUUGUCUUAAUGUUUAUGGGACAGUUGAAUUACUUUGUAAAAAUACAGAAAAAUGUCCUCUUUUUGGUAACUUUGAACAAACUCCAGUCAAACUCAAUCACGACACCACUGACUUACAGUGUGGUCAAACUGAGCUUACCUCUACUUAACUGGAUAGGUUUAAUACAGAACUUUAAAGUACCCCAUUAUGACCAUGAAAAGCUUUGUUUGGGUCAGAAUAUUUGAGAUAUACUGGAGCUAAAGUUAGGAAACUUAACAAAACAUCGAAACACUUAACAAAACAUGGAAACAUAUCAACUAAAACUAUCUAAACUAAAGGGACACACACCAAAAAUGUGGCAUAGUGGUGUUUAACCUGUUUAUUGAGUUUAUAUUGAUAACAAAUACUGGGUAGAAGUUAGGGCUGGGAAGAUAUGCUUUCCCCCCCUAUUCGAUUCUUAUACGAUUUUUUGGGAUGCCGAUUCGAUUUAAAUUGCGAUUUUACGAUAUUGUUGAUUUUCUCGAUGUUCAGUCUGCAUUUUAAACGCCAGUGAAACAGUUGGAUGAUUUAUGAUUAUCUACUAACUAUUCCUGAAACCAUAUUUCCCCCAAAAUACACAUCAUAUGCAAGUCAUUUUUAAGAUUUUUUUUAAAUUUGAAAAAAAAGAAGAAAAAAAAAAAACCCAAUGUAAAAAUUGUCAAACAAAAAAUCACGAUACUUAUGGGAAUCGAUUUUUCCUCCCACCUCUACGGGAUAGGUUUAAUUCAGAACUUUAAAAUAUCCCAUUAUGACCAUGAAAAGCUUUGUAUGGGUCAGAAUAUUUGAGAUGUAGUGGAGCUGGAGUUAGGAAACUUGACAAAAGGUGGAAACAUAUCAACUAAAACUAUCUAAUCUAAAGGGACAUAGAUCAAAAAUGUGUCAUACUGGUAUUUAAGUUAAUAUUGAUAACAAAUUGUAUUAUUUAGGGCUGGGACGAUAUGUCUUUUCCCCAAUUCGAUUUUUCUACGAUUUUUUGGGUGCCAAUUUGAUUAAAAAUUGCGAUUCUACAAUAUUGACGAUUUUCUCAAUUUUUAGUCUGCAUUUUUAACACCAGUGAAACUGUUGAAUAAUUAUGAUUGUCUACUAACUAAAUUACAGAAGCUAUAUCAACAAAAAAUAUAUAUAAACUAAGGGACACACAUCAAAAUGUGUCAUUUUGGUAUUUAAUCUCUUUAUUAAGUUGAUAUUGAUCACAAAUAGUGAGUAGAAGUAGCAUUAACUGUGGAAUAAAUCCUGUCUAGUGUGGAUAUUAUCUUACUAUAUUUCUAUGUUAAUGUACUUCAUAUUCAGGUAAAAUACUCCAAAAUUCUGAAAUUGGUACUGACAAGGCAUUAAAAGUCCUAAAAGUUGAAAUGUGUUUAUCGGUAAAUUGUAAUUCAGCUACCAAAAAUUAAUCCUAUUGAGACACUUGAUUAAAGUAACUCUGCACUAUUAAAAAUACAGCAGGCAUUGAAACAGAUUUUUAUACAAGUACAGGUACUUUUACAGUUAAUAAUAACAGUAUAUUCUUCAGUAACAGCACAUUGGUAGUACAAUGAAUUACAUCUACAAGCAGUGUGUUAUUGUUGUGUUCAGCUGAAGUAGAGUUAUUUUAUCGUAAACAAAGGUAGUUUGCAGUAAAACUUGAACUGCAUUAGAUAUUAGAUGAAUACAUACACCCGGUUUAAAGUCCUUCAUUAGAUGUUGAUUGAAAUCCUUGGGGUAAUUGUUUAAGACAGAUCACACAUAUCAUCAACUUCUCCCUCAACUCCGCCACUGUGCCCCCUUCACUCAAACUGGCCGCUGUCACCUCCAUCCUCAAAAAACCUGGACUCAACCCUGACGACAUCAACAACUUCACCUCAACUCAAUCAAAGCCCACCUCAACAAUAACAAUCUUUACGAACAGAUUCAAUCAGGAUUCCGCACCCACCACAGCACUGAAACUGCCCUCAUCAAAGUCACCAACGACCUCCUCAUUUCUGCUGGCUCCGGCCAACUCUCCAUUCGCAUCCUCCUUGACCUCUCCGCCGCUUUUGACACCAUCGACCACACCAUCUUCCUGUCCCGCCUACACUCCCUCCUCAAUAUCACAAACACCGCUCUCAGCUGGAUUAACUCAUAUCUCACAGACCGGAAUCACCUCAUCCACAUCAACAACUGCUCCUCCACAACUGCCCCCAUGUCCCAAGGUGUCCCCCAGGGCUCGGUGCUUGGUCCCCUCCUCUUCAUCAUCUACCUCCUCCCUCUUGGACACAUCCUCUGUCAACACAAUCUUCACUUCCACUGCGACGCUGACGACAUUCAAUUGUACAUCUCUUCCACCUCCAUCACCCCCCAGUCUUUGUGUCCUUGAAAAGCGCUUUACAAAUAAAAUGUAUUAUUAUUAUUAUGAUAAAACUGAGGAUACAGCAUCUAUGAUUUCCAAUUUUUUGUUGAAAGGCGAAACAUCUCAAGUAAGUCCAGUUGUCCUUUCCAAAAGAGUGUUAGACAGGCAAGUCAUAUUAAACCCAUGAAGUGACUCCAACUACAGAGUCCUGAUGCUCCUAAACCUGGAGAUAUUGUUCGGCAUUAAAGGGAUAUUCCAGCGUAAAUUUAAGUUUUGGUCAAACACACCGUAACACUGAGUUAGACACCCCCUCCAGAGAUGAAUGUUGCUGACCGCUUGCUUCUCUUGUUCUACCAACUUUAGUAAUGACCGCAGGAUAGCAAUAUACAGUGGUCUGAGGAGCCAUAAACAAACUAGUGCUGGACGAUAAUUCGAUAACAAUAUAUAUCGAUCGAUAGACGUGUGGUGCGAUAGAAAAAAAACGGGUCGAUAAAAAGUUCGAUAGAAAAACACAGUUUCCCUUCCUUUUUCAUCAUAGCCUAUCAUGUAGCUUUUACUACAGUCAUUACUUCCUCCCAACCAAUCACAAACGCAGACCCAGGUACGCUACGGCACCAAGCCCAGCCCCUAUCAAACCACAACAGACAGCACGUGUAUUAGAAAAAAUGAUACAGCAAGGAGAAGCGGAGGACAUUGUCCCGAAAAAAGGUUUCAGUAGUUCACCAGCAUGGCAAUAUUUUGGUUUUUACAAGUCUGACAAAAAGCGAACAGCGGUCGUUUGCAAAAUUUGCAGAGAAUUAGUAAAAACGAAGUCUGGUAACACAAUCAACCUGUUUUACCAUCUAAACCGAUCGCACCCGCAGGAGUACGAGCUGUGUCGGCCGCGCCGCGGCUCCACGUCAUCGUCGGAGGAAUCCUCUGGAACCGCUGCCAGCACCAGCACAAAGCAUGUGAAGCAGACCAAACUGGACUUCGUUUCUUGCCAAAAUACGACAAAGCGUCCGAGCGGCAUAAGGACAUCACCCAUGCAGUAACAUGCUCCAUAGCGAGGGACAUACUGCCAAUAACUACCGUUGAAAAGCCUGGCUUCGACCAGCUUCUAGCCACUCUCGACCCGCGAUAUGAAGUGUCUGGCCGCAAGUAUUUCUCAAACACAGCGCUUCAGGCAUUAAAAUGGGUCAGGGGUUGUAAAGGUGAGAAGGGUGCGGAGGAAAUACGUUCCGGUGUAGCUUCUAAAAGUGGAAGAAAAUGAGCUCAUAUUUUAAAACUGGUAGUAUGCUAUUCCCACCUAAAGCUAUUCUGUUUAUUUAUAUAUUUGUUUAUUUUCAUCAAAAGAAUAUUUAAAUAUUUAUUUAUCAGAUUUUCUGGUCACUUUAGUCUUUAUGUUUGUCAGUAUUUACUGACGUCACUCAGGCCACUUAAGUUGAUUUCUUUUUUUUUUUAGUUCUUUUUUAAAAAACUUUCAGUUGUGGUAAAAUAAAAAAGGUGGUGUAAUAAAGGUUUGAAUUUGAAUUCAGUGCUUGUGUGUUCUUUAUUAAAAGUAGGUCAUUAAGCAAUAGCAUAAAACAUCCAGGGCUGCAAUUAAAAUAUAUGUUAAAUAAUUAUAACAAUUAUAUCGAUAAUUAUCGAUAUCGAUCAAUAUGAUUUAUUUUUUAUCGAUAUGCUUUUUUUCUAUAUCGUCCAGGCCUAAAACAAACCUCAACCAAAACGUCACUAUAGCCACAAAUAAUGCUCAGAACAGCACCUAACUUCAUCAACAGUACAUAUAGGGUCCCAGCCAUAGUACUAGCCACCAAACACCUUUUUAACUUUGCCUAAUUUCUCUAGCAAAGAGACUAAACACAACUCACCUUCUCUCUUCCAGCAGCCGCUUGUUUGUAGCGAGACCUCAGGCCAGUCCAUUACAGACUACAGCGGGGUGACGCAGCGCAAGGAAGAACAUUUAUGAUAAUUUCUUCACAAUCAGGCCGAGACGCUAAGGCAGAAGAACUACUGCGUCUGCAGUACAAAAUGAUUAAUAUGGUGGUUAUUACUUCAAAGAAAUGAUAAAGAAAUGAUCAUAAAUGUUCUUCCUUGAGCUGCGAUACCCCACUGUAGUCCGUAAUGGACUGGCCUGAGGUCUCGCUACAAACAAGCGGCUGCUGGAAGAGAGUAGGUGAGUUGUGUUUAGAAAAGUAAGUGGUUGGCAACUUUUAUCUCUUGGUGUGUUUGACCCUAAAUUAAUUUUAAGCAGAAAUAUCCCUUUAAGUCCAUGAUGCGGUGACUCCAACUACAGAGUCCUGAUGCUCCUAAACCUGUAGAUAUUGUUCAGCAUUAAUGGAGCCUUCUCAGGACCACCUUGUAUUGGUUUUGGUCCUGUUACCUCUGUCUCUAUAGAUAAUCUCAUGUCGUACAUGUGACUUUACUCAUCCUGACAAAGUAAACAGAUUCCUUCCCCUUCACUGUAAAUACAGGUGAGUGUACGGUGGCCUUUAUGGCUCAGUUUUACAGCUGCGUAUCUUGCAGUGACGUCCUUGUUCGUCACUUCAUAUUGUAAAUGAGAUUGUUACCGUGCGUGGUUACUGUCACUGUGAUCUGACGGGGAUGUGCGUCUGCCCAGCUGUUAAAUCAUCUCAGUUUAAGUUGUCAGGAGGGAAUAUUUGGAGUGUGCAUGAGGAGUGUGACUCACUUUUCCACUCUUAGCCUCCACACGGCGAGUUCCCAGCAGCUCCGACCAAAAACACACGCCGUCUAAAUGUGCUUUCUUCUGAUUUUUGCCUCCCUCAGCUGCUCUCAGACCAACACAGACUCCUUCUGUCUGUGCUUCUCCUUUAAAUGAACUCUCUGUGGGCUUCUCUGCCUUCUCGUUCCAGAUCAGCAUGGUGUCUCUUCCUGUUUGUGUUGUUUUCCAGCUUCCAGAGAUAGAGGGAUGGAUGGACAGAUGAGUGGUGUGGUUGGUGUGUUAGUAUGAGAGGUAUUCAGUCUGCCAGCCUGCUGCAGAAUCUAAUGUGUAAGUGAGGCCUUUAGCACGGGAAGUUGAACCCUGAGGCUGCAGGACGGCUGUUCAAAUCGGAGGGAAAUCCUCAUUUCUGAGUCCUGUUUUUAGUCUGGAUAUUUGUCUGCAGAAAUUAAUUCGUACAGCAAUAAAAACCGACAUUUGAGGCUCACACCAGACAGACGUUAAAAAGGUGUCAGUGCAUCCAUCUUUCCAGGACUGGUACGUAAUCCUUCCUCCUCCCACGGUGUGGAAAAACAUCCUCUCCCUGUCUGAUUCUCUUUAACACAUUCACCUCUGUCUUUACUGACAUUAUCAUGACAGCAGCUAAAAUAAGAUGAUUGUUUUUCACCCUAUUAAAGCAGCAACAAUAACACUCAAUGGUUAAACACAUUCAAAGUCAGCUCAGGCAAUAAACAGAGGUGUGAAACCUGGAACAGACUGUUGUUACAGUCAGCCUGUCAUUGAUUAUUGAAGUGAAGUGUCACUUUAGACAGGGCCGUCCAAUCCCUUUACCAAAGGAGCAUGAGCUUGGUCCGUGUUGCCGGCUGUAAGUAAAACUCGUUUCCAGUGAGAGGACUCUGCUAGGGCUGCCCUUUGUCACCAGUUCUGUUCAUAAGACAGAAUUUGUUCAUCUGUUCAUUUGGACAGAAUUUCUAGGCACAGCUGGGGGUGAGGUGGGGGGAUUACGUCACUCCUUUUUGCGGAUGAUGUGGUUCCUCAAGCUUCAUUGAGCAGUGACCUUCAGCUCUUGCUAGGGCGGUUGGCAGCUGAGUGCGAAGCGGCUGGGAUGCGAAUCGGCACCUCCAAUCCGAGGCCAUGGUCCUCAGUCUGAAAAAGGUAGAUUGCCUUCUCCAGGUCGGAGGAGAGGUCCUGCCUCAAGUGGAGGAGUUCAAGUAUCUCGGGAUCUUGUUCACGAGUGAGGGUAGGAUAGAGUGGGAGAUCGACAAGCAGAUCGUAGCGGCAUCAGCACUGAUGCGGACGCUUAACCGAUCAGUUGUGGUGAAGAAAGAACUGAGCCGUAAGGCAAUACUCUUGAUUUACCAGUCGAUCUACGUGCCGAUCCUCACCUAUGGUCAUGAACCUUGGGUAAUGACUGAAAGAACAAGAUCGCGGAUACAAGCGGCUGAAAUGGGUUUCCUUUGCAGGGUGGCCAGGCUCAGCCUUAGAGAUAGGCUAAGGAGCUCAGACACUUGGGAGGCGCUCAGAGUAGAACUGCUGCUCCUCCACGUCAAGAGGAGUCAGCUGAGGUGGCUUGGGCAUCUGGUUAGGAUGCCUUCUGGAGGCCUCCUGUUAGAGGUGUUCCAGACAUGUCCCACCGGGUGGAGACCUCGUGGUCAGCCCAGGACCAAGUGGAGGGAUUAUGUCUCUCUGGCCUGGGAGCCCCUGGGAAUCCUCCCGGAGGAGCUGGUGGAAGUGGCUGGGGUGAGGGCCGUCUGGGCUUCCCUCCUGAAGCUGCUGCCCCUGCGACCCGGGCCUGGAUAAGCGGAAGAAAGCGUUGACGACUUUAAACAGGAUAUGUAAAAAAGAUCACACUCUCAGUACAUUUCCAUGACACUUGAGAAAACUGAAUUAUCGCCUUAGUCAGAUGAAGACCGAACAACUGAAGUGCAUGUAAACACCUUAGUUGGACUAAAACCGGAGUCGGAGAACUCCGAUUAAGACACCCAGAUAAUGUGAUUGGAAUUUGAUUUUCUCUACCAUGUAACCAGCGUAGUCGGAGUAUAAUAGGACAGUACAUGUGUGCGUGCGCCACGCCCCCAUAACCCCAGAACAAAAACACCAGAGAAGAGGAGUAGCGUGCGUCUUAUCUGCAGAAAAAGUAGCGUGUCCAUCAUGUAGGACAAAAACAAUGCUGUACAAUGCUCCAUCUUCUUGCCCCAAAAUGCCCAGCAGCAGUUGUAGACACUUCUGACAUCUGGCACGGACCUGCUGUUGUUGUGGACGGUUGUAUGGGGUCGGAAAUAUCUGAAAUCACUGAAAAGACCCAUAUCGCCCCCUAGUUUUGGGGAGGAGGACAUGUGCACGUCCAUAAUUCAAUUUUCUGAGCUGCAUGUAUAUGCGGACAAGGAGAGAAGUCCGAUUCAGCGAAAAAAAAACAAAUUAUAGGCUUAGUCUGAUUAAGUGCACGUAAAUGUACUGAGUGAGGCAUUAAAUUUGGACUUUUUGGUUAAAUGUUACAAAUGUUUGAAGAGAGAAAUGUGAGAUUGUUCUCAGACAUGAUGUUUGUUCAGCGUUAACCUCUCACUCCUGGUCCUGGUGAUUUGCGUGCAUAAAACUCUCUGCAGACAAAGUAAGAAUGCGAUCCUGUAAUCCUGCAGCAUAUCACUCAUUCAUGCUACAGCGUCUCUUCUUAUCAUGCACACUCUGUCCCUUGGCUUUUCAGGCUCACACAGAGGUAAAACCUGCUCCCUUCUCUCCUUUCUCUUGAUAGUUUAUUGCACAGUCUGUUAAGUGUUGAAGAUAGAGCGGUCCACCAUGACUCCUGAAUCGAUAAAUGUGGCGCAUGAUUGGCCAUUUAUAUCAAGAUACAGAUAAGCAUUUGUCUGCAACAUGUGUGUCAAAUUAUUCCUGAGGACUAAUUUGGAGGUUUAGGUCUUAAAUUGAUGAACUUGAACAGUUUAAUUUUGUAAAACAUCAUCUUCAUAAACAUGUUUUUUUUUUCAGACUUUGUGUCGUCAGUCUGAAAGUCUGAACUCGCUUUCCGGUGAGACAUCAGCUUCGUAUCUGACUCUGAAAGACUCCGGCAUUUGUGUCAGUGCAGGAUCUAGUAUCUGGAUCUAUUCACUGACUCUGUGUUUGCUGAAAAUGUCAUUGUGUAUGUGAGUGGGAGGGAAAGAGGCCGCAGCUUUUCCCAGAAUCCUUUGAAGGAGGGGUUUGUUACCCUGAUGGUUCUGGUGACUCUGUAAGUCUCUCAGAAAGUCUCAUUACUGUAAGAGGCUGCAGCUGUCUGUAAGUCCUUGUCUCUAAGAUAUUAAAUUUGUCUCCAUAAAGACGGCUCCCUCCCUCUGCUCCUCAUGCACAUCACGCUCAGGCUGAGUAAUGGUGUUGACCGGGACGGUGUCCUGUGAUGUCCUGGUUCAGAGAGGCACACAGACAUGGUGGUGUUCAUCAUGUUUAUGAGGCUCAAUUAGAUGAUGAGAGUCCUGCUGUGUUUACUCUCCUCCUUUAGUCCUGCUUCAAAGUUUGGGCAGAUCUCUGCUGCUGCUCCACAGUCUGAUUAAACAGGGUCAUAAUAACAUAAAUGUGAUUUUUAAACCUGCUGAAAAGACGUAAGGUCGCUUUAAGUUUUCAUGAGUUUGUGCAACAAAAGAAGUAACAACAGACAGUUGUGAAAAGAGUCGGCAGACCUGUUUUUGUCAAACACAGAAGGAGCAGGAACGGGAGGCAUCUUUUGAUUUAAAGUAGGGGAGACCAGGGCUUGUUGUCACACUUUUAACACUCUUAUAUAUUUCUUCGAAUCAAUCCAUCAUAUAUAAACAAAAUGUGUACCAGAAGAAAUACCAAAGUCUCAGGUAUAUUUCAUAUUCAUGUCAUUUUCAUAUCUUGUGUCAGUGCAGAGUUAUAACCAAUCAAAUAGAGAGUGUGAUCAUGUGACAUGUUGCCCCACCAUCAGGUAAGUUGUCUCACUACAUGGGGUAAGAUGUCACAGUGGAGUUCACAGCUAAUAAAACAAGAACAAAAUUAUUGUUCUCGUUUUUUUUACCUGAAAGUGAACACUUAAUGCUGAACAAAUGUUUAUCAUUGAGUUAAAGAAAAAGUCAUUAAACAAAUGUUAACAUAAAAUAUUAUCAUGAUGCUCUGGAGUUUGGAGAUCUGUCUGACUCCGUAUUUCAGCUGAGGUGAAUGUUUUACAGUACUGAACCAAGGUAUUGUAGUUGACAUUAAAGUCCUUUAUUGUCCUCCAGAUUGAUUUAUUAGCGAGGGUCACCUGUCUGACAGUCCUCAGCAUCACGUCAGGAACUGCACUGACAUGUUCUGUUUUUCUUUCUAAUUCCUGACCAUGUCUUCUCUCUUUAUCCUCUCCUUAAAACCACUCUGUUCUCUGUGAAAAUAAAGUCAAAGUUUCAAUAUGACAACUGUAAACUAUGUUAAUUUUAAUCCCUUUAAACAUGUGAUAACUAACCCCAAAAUGACUGAGACAUGUCGCCCCAAACUACCAUGUUUGCUAAUUAAAGCUCUAGAUUAAAGUUAGUUUAAAACAGAACAAUGAGUGAGGUAUCAAUCAAUCAAACUUUAUUUUUAAAUCAGUUUUCAUACAUAUAAUGAGGCACAAAGUGCUGUCCAUUCAAAGAGGAUAUUAAAAAACAAUGAAAUAAAAUAAAUAAAAAUAUAAAUACAAAACCCCACCCACCCUCCUUACCUCCAUUCAACACAUACAGCACUCACACACACAGAUACACACACAAAAGACCAGGUGAGGACUCUUUAACUUUCCACAGAUGACUGAGGAAACACUAUCUUGACUUAAAAAAGAUGAGGAAACACUGGAUCUAGGACUAAAAUGAUAAAACCAUGAUAAAAUGUAAUAAAGAUGAUAAAGCAUUAAAAGUUAAUUAAAUGAAAUUGUCUGAAAAUCAAACAAUAACAGAAAGUAAAUUAAAAAGAGGUAGUAAAACACAAAAUUGUUAAUCUAGGAGUAAAAUAGGGUAAAAUAUAUAAUAUAAAUAUAUGUAAUGUAAAUGUAAAAUAAUGUAAAUAUAUGAUAUAAUGCAGAUUAAAAGAUUAAAACAAAAUUGAACUAAAAGCCAGACUAAAACGGUAGGUCUUUAGUUUACUUUUAAAAGUAUGACCAGUAGGUGUCGCUCUCAGGUCUGCAGGUUGGCUGUUCCACAGAUGGGGACUGUAAUAUAACAAUGAUUCACAAUGAUGUUUUAGUUUUUUACUUUGGGAACAAUUAAAAGACCUGAAGACCUGAGGGCUCUACUAGGCUCAUAUGGUAAAUCAGACAAAUAAGAAGGACCAAGACCAUUAGGGGUUUAAAAACAAAUAAAAAGAACCUUAAAAUCUACUCUAAAAGACACAGGUUACCAAUGCAGAGAUUUGACAGGAUGUCUUAAUCUCUCCUCUACCAUGUUCACAUGUUUCACUGCUUGGAUUUUUAUCUGGAAGAAGAUUAUUUUAAAAUGUAUGGUUGUCUGGGCCGCCGUCUCUCCCCCCUCGACCUUGUUCAGAGUUAAUGGAUUCAGCAGACGAUGAUCUUCACACCUUCACAGAGACUCAUGCAGCAAAUGGUUCUGCUGUCUGUGUUUGUGAAGGGCUGCAUGCAUGUCUAUCAGCUGAUUUACUGCUGACUCAGAUUUAGUGGUCACAGGUGGGCAGAGGGUGGGGGUCGGGGUCACUCUGGGUGUCAAAGGUUUAUGUGUCCAAAUCAGCACAUCCUCACCCCCCUCUGACAAACAGCUGUGCAGGUGUGAAGAGUCCUUAGUUUAGGUACUGUGGGGUCCUGGUUCUGUUAUAACUGGUGUGUUUGUGUAUUUUUUGUAAAUUAAACCUCCUGGUCACCAUGGUUACCUGUAAACUUGACUGUAUGGUCUCUUUCUGUCAUCCCCCAGUCUGUCUGAUCUGAGGUCAGAGGACAGCAUGCCUCCUCUCCCCCGCUGCUGUGUCCUGCUGCUGCUGCUCUCCUGCUUCCUGCUGGUUCUGCUGGUCCAGGUUCCUGGGACUCAGUCCAGACCAGCCACAGAGGACACAGACACGGGUAAGACACUUCUUAGAUGUCUCUUUGUCUCUGUUGAACCACAGCGUAGAAAUAUCUACUGUAGAUGUUGAUGUAAUGGCAACAAUUUACUGGUAUUACUGGUUAGUGGUUCCAGGUUAAUGCAGCAGCAAGUGGACUCUGCAGGAGCUCCAGUUUAGUCUCUAAAAUGGGAAACAGACAGAUGUGCUGCUGGUCUGUUUUAGCCUGUUUUAUCACUGGUCUAUCUGGUGUGUUUCUAGCCUGGCUGGGCCAACCUGUUGCGUGAGUCACUUGACGUUCCUUCCCACAACAGUCUGGACUUCGGCCCAUAGGGAGCCCUGAAAGUGGGUAGUUUACUGUAACCAAUCACCGUAACCAAACAUCUGACGUCAUCACAGUGCGCAAUUGUGUUCCCUGCUGGGCUCUCAACCGUCAAGUAAACGUUUGGUAAUAUUUCAACGUGUGCGAGCAAACAAUGUCUUUUACGUCUUCCUCUGUGGAUAUAAACGAUUUCUGACGACUUUGCAAAGUCAACUGCAGAAUUAACGGCGUUCUGAAUUAACGGCGUUCUGAAUGAACGGCGCUUUGAAAAGUCCCGCAGCAUCUAUUAGACGUCACCACUACACAUGGACCAAUCAGGGGCUGCCUUUCCCUGUUGUCCGGGUAACAGUGGAAACACGGUCUCUGAUUGGCCCGGUUAUUUUCUGAUUGGGAAUACACGCUCUCUAUGGGCCGAAGUCCAGACUGUGGUGGGAAGGAACGUCAAGUGACUCACGCAACAGGAUGGCUCAGCCAGGCUAGUGUGUUUCCGCCUGUUUUCACUGGUUUGUAUGGUUUGUUUCAGCCUGUUUUUUCUGGUCCGACUGAUGUCUUUCAGCCUGUUUUCACUGGUCUGUCUGGUGUGUUUCAGCCCGUUUUUUUUCACUGGUUUGUCUGGUGUGUUUAGGCCUUAUUUUUUCUGGUCUGACUGAUGUCUUUCAGCCUGUUUUCACUGGUUUGUCUGGCGUGUUUCAGCCUAUUUUCCCUGGUCUGUCUGGUGUGUUUCAGCCUGUUUUUUCACUGGUUUGUCUGGCGUGUUUCAGACUAAUUUUACUGGUGUGUUUCAGCCUGUUUUCACUGGUUUGUCGGGCGUGUUUCAGCCUGUUUUCACUGGUGUGUUUCAGCCUGUUUUCACUGGUCCAUCUGGUGUGUUUCGGCCUGUUUUUACUGGUCUGACUGGUGUGUUUCAGCCUGUUUUUGCUUGUCUGUCUGGUGUGUUUCAGCCUGUUUUCACUGGUGUGUUUCAGCCUGUUUUCACUGGUCUGUACGGUUGUGUUCAGCCUGUUUUUACUGGUCUGACUGGUGUGUUUCUCCCUCCUCUCUUUUGUCUGAACUCUCUCCUGUCUUCUGCGGACGUCUUCUUGGUGUUUUUACUCCAAACUCUCGUAAAAGUUUCCAGUGAGAGAAUUUCUUUAAUAGGAAAGUGACUUUUUUCAGGUUGGGCAUCUGAAACUGGUCAGAGUGAUGGUUCUUGUUCUGGUCUAAGUGAGGCUUGGCUCUCGGGCUGCUGGUUAUGGUUUGUAUAUCCUGUCCAGACUCAGGAACAGAUGCUGCUCACAGUCUGCUGGGUUUGAGCCACCUCACACACACACAGACGGUUAACAGACGGUUUCCUGGAUGUGUCGGCGUUCAUGUUCAUAUCCAUGAAUAUUAACUGUCAGGGUUUAUUGCUCCUCCAAACAUCUGACCUCCAGCUGAGAACAAUCUGAUCCUGUAAACUCUUGUUUUUCUCUCACUUCACAGUUGGUCUCUCUGCUGUGAAACAAAAACAGUUCUGACUCUCUCUCUGAGACCUCCUUAUAAAAACCCAGCCCUGUCUAACCAAAACACUUUACUCUCUUUAUAGAAACUGUUUGAUGUGUUUGACAGAGUCUCUUAUUUUCAGUUUUUACAAAGGUUCCCACAUUCACACGUGUCCCAGUCUCUCGGCUGUUUUGGUUCUGGACUUGUUUUGUUUGUCUGCACUAGAACUUUAUGUCCGGGAUAAAAAAAAAACCUCCAUGAAGAAGGUUGACUUGGUGGUUCAAUGGAGACAGGGACUGUAUAAUAAUAAUAUAAUAUAAUAUAAUAUAAUAUACUACAAUACAAAAUAAUGUAAUUUGAUAAAAAAAUAUAAAAAAACAUAUCAUAUCAUAUAUGAUAUGUAUAUAAUAUAAUAUGAUGUAAUGUAAUAUAAUAUAAUGUACUGUAAUGUAAUGUAAUUUAAUGUAAUAUAAUAUAUAUCAUAAUAAAAUAUACUAUACUAUACGAUACUAUGCUACAAUACAAUGUAAUUAUAAUACAAUAUAAUAUAAUAUAUAUGAUAUCAUAUCAUAUCAUAUAGUAGAGAAAUAUAAUAUAAUGUAAUAUAGUAAUGUAAUAUGAUCUAAUAUGAUAUAAUAUAAUGUAAUGUAAUGCAAUAAACUGUACUGUGCUGUAUUGUAAUGUAAUGUAAUAUAAUAUAUAUCAUAAUCAGUGGUGGCUGCUGGUCUUUCAAGGAGGGGAAGCUCAUUUUUCUGGCCUACAUCAUAAUUGUGUUUGUUUAUUUGUAUGUAACAGAACAGAGUUGCCAAACACAACGGCAGUCGUUUUUAACAAAGACAAAAGUCGCUGAGGAUCGGUAAAGUCUCCGGAGCAGUUAAGAACAACUGAAUGAAUAACUUGGAAAAUGCUCUGGUAGAUGUUUUAUUCUUCAAGAUCGCUUAUUCGCUUAUUUAGCUGUCAAUCAAAAAAGGAUUUCGCCUCAGACAGCACAUCCAAUCAUGGAUGCAGAAGCUCAGCGUCCGCGAGAAAGUUGGGACCGCCCUCUCGUCAUAGAACUCCAGAGACGCUGAGCGUUCGAUGGGCGGGACAAAGCCCAGCAUUUAUCCAAUGAGCGUCUAGUUUCGCUGCUGGAACAACCCACUUUGAGCUUCCACAUUGAAGUCAGCAGACGCUGAGCGUCCGGCUGUGUGAAGCGCUGAGGCGCUGCGAGGAUGAAUGAGAACGAAGUUAUGCCGGUUACCUUAUCACGGUGUGAUAAGAAGCUGAUUCUGAACAAAAGAUGAAGGCUUUCUAGCGCGUAUUUAGUUGAUGAAAUGAACACACAGCAGUACGUAUUUCACCACUUUUUCUUUUUUUUGGGGGGUGACAUUUUAAGGGAAGCUGAGCUUCCCUUGCAGUCUUAGAGCAAUCGCCACUGAUCAUAAUAAAAUAUACUUUACUGUACUAUGAUAUAAUGUAAUGUAACGUAAUGUAUAAUAAUAUUCUAUUUUAUAAUGAAUUUAACUUUAUUAUGGUAUACUUUAAUAUACUAUAAUGUAAUGUAACUUAAUAUACAAUAAUACAAUAUGAUAUAAUAUAAUUUACUGUACUGUAAUGUAAUUUAAUGUAAUGUAAUAUAAAUCAUAAUAAAAUAUACUAUAAUAAAAUAUACUAAAAUGUUAUGUAAUAUAAUAUCCUAUUUUAUAAUAAAUUUUACUAUAUUAUAGUAUACUUUACUAUACUAUAAUGUAAUAUAACGUGAUAUACUACACUGUAAUAUGAUAUAAUAUAAUAUAAUAUACAAUAAUAUGAUAUAAUAUAAUAAACCAUAAUAUAAUAUUAUAUAAUAUAUAUCAUAAUAAAAUAUUAUAUACUUUACUAUACUAAACAAUACUGUACUAUCCUACAAUAUUAUAUUAUAUAUUAUUUUAUAAUAUAAUGUUUGAAUCAAAGCGUCGAGUCACAUUUAGAGAAUGUCUGAAGAACCUUAGUUAGCGCUGAAGAAACACUAAAAACUGCAGUUCCUUAAGUGUCCUCUAGAGACAGUCUCACACAGUUUCAGCUUCACUUUAUAAAAGAGGAAGUUUCAUCAACGCCGCGCCGCUGACCCCGACACCGAACUCCAGCUGACACAGUGACCAUGAAAAAACGUGGAGGUUUAAUUUCAGUGUGAAGUUUUUCAACUGAGUCAACAAGGGGAUCUGCGUAUGUGUGUGCGUGUGUGUGUGUGUGUGUUAAUAGUGUCGGGCAGAGAGAGGAGGAAGUGUCGGGGUGUAACGCUGUGCCCGGGUGACAGCUCCUGUCUGCGCUGAGGUCGAACAGGAAGUCUUAAAGCCUCCUUCUCAGAGACACUCUUCACUGAUGGGGGUCAGAGGUCAAAGGUUAAUCCUUACUCAGCUAUAAACAUUUAACCUUUUUUCUUUUGCAGAUGCCGUGAAAUCCUCCGAAGACGAAGAAGACGAUGAGUCGUCCUCCGAGGAAAACAAACUGUCCAAUGAGCAGUCGACCAGCAACGAGAAGAUCCAGCGUAAGCCUCGCCACGUUCUCCUCUGUCUUUGUUAUUGUGUUUGUUCAAUCAGGUGAUCACGGGGUUUGUCUUUGUCAGCAUUGGCGCCGCAGUGGGUGAUGCCCGAGAAGAUGGAGAAGCGACUCCACGCUGUCCCCGCCAGCAGGACGGUGAAGUUCCGGUGCCAGGCGACCGGAAACCCUGUCCCCACCCUGCGUUGGUACAAGGACGGGAAAGAGUUCAGGAAGGACCAAAGAAUCGGAGGGUUUAAGGCGAGUGUCUGACUGAUCCCCCAAACAGGAAACAGAGACGGAACUUCCUGUUUUAAUGCUGACUUUCCCUCUCCACGCUGUUUCAGAUCAGAGACCACAUGUGGACUCUUAUCAUGGAGUCAGUGGUCCCCUCUGAUGAAGGGAACUACACCUGUGUGGUGGAGAAUGAACACGGGAGCCUCAAACAUACCUACCUGCUGGACGUCGUUGGUAAGAUGAUCAAGACUGCGAUCAGUCGAGCUUUAUUCACUAUUUUUGAGAGUUUUGUGAAGUUAAGAGAGACAGGAGGAAAGUUCUCCAAUGACCUGCUGACAGUGAGUGAAGUGGAUGUUAAUGAUUGGACAUCUCUGAGCGUCACCUGAUCAUCGUAGAGCGGUUAAUGUUCAAACUAAAGUUCUGUCAUUGUUCUGCUUCACCGUGCGUGUCUGACUAGUCAGGUGCAAAUAUGACUUAACCCUGAAAAAUUAUAACCAAAGGUUUCUCAGCUGUUUUUUUAUAGGAUUAAAUGUCCUUAAAAACAAACUAACCCCCAAUUUCCACCACAUCCUGAACGUCUCCGAAAAGGUCGUAUCCGCUGAUCCUAGCUGAUCAUAACCAUUCAAGUUAACUUGUCAAUUUCCACUGGCUUCUUUCCGUUCUGCUGCGGAUCACUGGACUCCACAGCUGAUCGCAAGAGUUCUAUUUUUUCCGGAUACUGGAGCAUGCCAGAUAAAUUCAGCACAGAUUAACCCGUGUUGGAAAGGAAGUCGGGCACAGACACAAGAUGAAACAUCCGGCUUCUUUUCAAAAUAAAACACUCUCACCUGACCCUCACCUAUGGUCAUGAACUUUGGCUAAUGACCGAAAGAACAAGAUCGCGGAUACAAGCGGCUGAAAUGGGUUUCCUCGGCAGGGUGGCCGGGCUCAGCCUUCGAGAUAGGGUAAGGAGCUCUGACACUCGGGAGGCGCUCAGAGUAGAGCCACUGCUCCUCCACAUCAAGAGAAGUCAGCUGAGGUGGCUCGGGGAUCUGGUAAGGACGCCUUCUGGACGCCCCCAGUUAGAGGUGUUCCAGACAUGUCUCACUGGGUAGAGACCUCGUGGUCAGCCCAGGACCAGGUGGAGAGAUUAUGUCUCUCGCCUGGCCUGGGAGCCCCUGGGAAUCCCCCCGGAGGAGCUGGUGGAAGUGGCUGGGGUGAGGGCCGUCUGGGCUUUCCUCCUGAAGCUGCUGCCCCCGUGACCCGGACCCGGAAAAGCGGAAGAAAACGACACUGACGACGACCCCCUCCCCCCCGACUCUAGUAUGUCAACAAAAUAAAACCAGAAUUUUGAAAGGGGCUUUAUCCAUUGUUCAGUUUUUGGUUCUGUAAAUGUAUGAAAAUUAGUGCAUAUUUAAUUAGAUAUUACCUCAUUUACAUAUUCAAACAUAACAUUUGACAAAACUUGUAAUAUAAAAAAUAUUUGUCUUAAUGUAAGUUAUAAACUUGGGAAGUCUCAUGGUGAUAUCUGUUAGUUAAAAAUUUUACCCUAUUCGCCUGGGGUGUCUCCCCGGGCUUCGUACCGUCAUGGACACCAUCUUAAAAAUUACACCUUUCUAGUGGUCAAACUUUGGUAAACUCUAAGUUUGUUAUUAAAGACAUCUAAUACUAUAAAAAACAGCUGAGAAACCUUUGUUAGAAUUUUUUUAGGGUUAGGUGUUUUUUUUCAUAGAUUCACCCACGUAGACAGUUUCUUUCUUAGAUUUCCCUCCACCCGGCCCAGACUCCGGACUUUAAACCGAGUCUCGGGUGAACUCCCUCCAGUCCAGGGUCAGGGUUGGCCCGUUUGACGUUUCCAAACUGAACAAUAAAGUCAGACAAUCGAGCCGAAAACUCUGCACAGAAAUAGUGGACGGAGGCAGUGAUGGAAAAAUCUCUCAGCUGAGUUUAGUUUGGUUUUGAAAACAAAAAGGAGCAGUCCGCUUUUUUUUCUUCAAUAGAAAUAAAACCUGUUAGACUACGACGUGUCCAGAAUGAGAAAAAACAGGUCUGUCCAGGUCUGAUGGUAUAAAGUCAGAGUCUGAGAGAUUGUCUGUCUAUACUUGUAUAUUUCUAUAUAACUAGAGUGACUGUUAAGAUCCUUCACGACUGACACAGUGUAAACCUGGUCUUCCAGAGCGCUCUCCUCACAGACCAAUCCUGCAGGCCGGUCUGCCGGCCAACCAGACCGCAGUGGUUGGCAGUGAUGUGGUCUUCGUGUGUCGGGUGUUCAGCGACCCUCAGCCUCACAUCCAGUGGCUAAAACACAUCACUGUCAACGGCAGCAGAGAAGGACCUGAUGGACAGCCGUACGUUCUGGUCCUCAAGGUUGGUGUCCAUGAGUUAGAGACGUUUGACCUAGGACUGGGCGAUAUAUCGAUAUAAGAAAUAUAUUGAUGUAUUUUUAGAUAUGGAAUUUGACCAUAUCGCAUAUAUCGAUAUACAGAUAUCAGAUGCUGUUGUUCACACAAAAUCUUUAAACAAAGAAGGACACUCACCGGCUAUUAGUACAAAGGAGAUGUAGCAGAGUCCCAAGCAGUUGGAAAUAGAACAAUUUACAGCCAAACCUCAUCAAGAAGCUGCAGCAUGGCAUGGUGUCAAUAAAAGCCCGCACACGCACACACACACACGCACACACACACACACACGCACACACACACACACACACACACACACACACACACACACACACACAGAGCAGUGAUCUGAAGUAAGCAUCGGUAUUAACUGUAUAAACUUCAUCACCAGUGUCCCUCAUCCACACACCUGUCUCCUCUCAUCCACACAGACUUACUUGUGUUCACCAAACUACUGCUCUUAAAGCAGCUCAUUACACCACACCACUGUUGAACAGAGAUCUGAUAUAAAAUAAAGGAGCAAACGUGACCUUAAAAAAAUAUGAAACGUCCUGAUCUCUGUCAACCACACAUCCGAGCGGAGACAUAACUGAUCAAACCUUGAGGAAAUAUUUCUUACCUUCACUUUGGAGUCUAAACUAGUCAGCAUUAUCAGUCAUCCAGCUCCAGCAGUUUAAUAAUCCAUCAAUAUUAUUUACAUCCCGUUUCUCGCGGUCAGCACGUUUCAUCCAUUUGCAUUGUGUGAAAAAAAGUUUUAGCUCGCUUUAGCUUCAAGUGUCCUGAUAGAGACCGACAGCAGGAGCAGCUCUGGACCUGGUGCGGUGUCCAGACCACAGGUCCAGACAGGCUGUGACUAACUCACCGCGUCGGAACCGAGACAGGGUCUGUGUCCCAGGGGAAGAAGACCAGGAAAUAAACGACUGAGCGGGCCGACCAGAAACAGCGCUAAAAACUUUAAUUUUUCACGCAAAUGGAUGAGACGCUAACCGCAAGGUUGUAAAUGGGAUUCAAACAGGAUGUAAACGGGAAUAAUAUCGAUGGAUUAUUAACCUGUUGGAGCUGGAUGACUGAUAAUGCUGACUGUUUUAGACACCAGAGUGAAGGUAAGACAUUUUCCCUCCGUUCUUUUAUGUCAGAUCUCCGUUAAACAGUGGUGUAAUGAGCCGCUGUAGUCAGACAGGUUUCUUACACUUAAUACCAAUGUUUGCAUCUGAUCGCUGCUGCUCCUGCAUGUGUGAGUAAGGAUCCUCAGUAUGUUACCAGAGGUUUUAGCCUCUCUCCCGGAUGGUGUCUGUGUUUAUCAAACAUUGCACCAAGAAUUGAGGAUCUUUGCAAGGCAAAACAGGCUCAGGUCUCUCAUUAACAUUGCCUGGGGGGGGGGCCCAGCUCGCAAAAGGUUGAGAACCCCUGGCCCAAAUAUAUCGGGAUAUGACUUUUGGUCCGUAUCACCCAGCCGAGAGUUUCCGGUCAGAGCUCGGCUGUGAUUCACUGACAUAAAGAGGGUCUUCCUGGUCCUCCAGCCUUUCUUCUGACAGAGCAGACCUAAACCACAUCUGUGUUUAUGAUGUGGACUCUGUGAUGACUGACUCUCAGCCUGUUUGGUUUGUUGAGCCUGGCUGGAGUCCAGGAACUUCUGUACGUAUGAUUAUUACAUCGCUCUCUGAACAAAGGCUGAACACAAUGAAGGUCAGAGUCCGAGCGCUCCUGUAUAGAAGAGACCAGGGACCGGUUCCUCUGUGAUCAGAACAGGACCGUUUAAAGUCCAAUAAGGAGAGAAAGAGGAUCUUACAUAACUGUAAUAUAUGUAUGUAGGAGUGAUUGUAUAUACAGGAAACAGAGCAACAAUGAGGGUUUAUUUACAGAUGAAGGUCAGCUGUGUUUGUGAGGAAAAGUUCAGAGGUCAGAUAACAUCACCUUCAACUCAUCUGUGGAUCACACGUGUUUUCUUCUUCAUCAUUGGUCAUUUUGAGACUGGGCUGGACUGGACCGUCUUUUCACCUCCUGUGUCUCCUCGUUGUUUCCAGACGGUGGGUUUGAACACCACAGACAAAGAGAUGGAGGUCCUGACUCUGAGGAACGUGUCUCUGGGCGACGCCGGCGAGUACACCUGUUUAGCGGGGAACUUCAUCGGCGUGUCUCAUCACUCUGCGUGGCUCACGGUGGUCGAAGGUUGUUUUUUUAAAUGAUCUGAUGUUGAUCGGCGUGUCAGUGAAGGUUCGACUCUGAGCUCAUGAUCCGGUCUCAUCUAUCCUCCUCAGACCUUCCUCCCGCCCCGCUGCCCUCUCAGACCUACCUGGAGAUCUUCAUCUACUGCCUGGGCUUCUUCAUCAUCAUGGUCCUCACAGCUAUAGGAGUCAUCUGCAGGCUCUGCUGCGCCCCCAAGAAGAGUGACUUCAACAGCCAGUUAGCCGUGCAGAAGCUCGCCAAGAGCAUCCCUCUGAGGAGACAGGUAACUCCUCCUCAUCUGAACCCUCUUCUGAUGACACCUCCAUCUCUGGUCCUCCUCUGGUUCUUCCACAGUGAUGAAUCUUUCUCCUCUCUCUCCUCUUCAGGUCUCAGUGGAGUCCUCGUCCUCCCUGCAGUCUGGGAUGUGUUUGAUGCGUCAGUCUCGUCUCUCCAGCGCGGCCACCACCGCCCUGACUGGAGUGUCCGAGUACGAGCUCCCCCACGACCCGGUUUGGGAGCUGUCUCGAGACAGGUAGGUCCUUUCCUUUAGCACCUGUUCGAGAUCCCUGUAGUCCGUCUGUGUCUGGACCUCCUCUGUCUCAGACAGCCGCUAACACAUCUGCUCUGCUGUGUGUCCGCAGACUGACUCUAGGGAAGCCUCUGGGUGAGGGAUGUUUCGGUCAGGUGGUUCUGGCCGAGGCUGUCGGGAUCGAUAAAAACAAACCGACACGAACAACGAAGGUGGCAGUGAAGAUGCUCAAAGGUGAGUAAGACUUUAAAGUAAAUUAUUCAUCAGUGAAGCUUCCGACGUUCUCCAAAAACAGCUCCUCACCCCCAAUUCCCACCGCAUCCACAACAGCUAUGAAAAGGUCAUAUCCGCCGAUCGUAGCUGAUCAUAAACAUUCAAGUUAAUGUGUCAAUUUCCACCGGCUUCUUUCCGAUCAGCUGCAGAUCGCUGGACUCCAAAGCUGAUUGCAAGAGUUCUACAUUCCACAUUUCAACUGUUGUCAAAAUGUGGUUUGGGAUCAUGUGAAGGUCUUCCCUGAAAAAUCUUUGUCUGGAUGGACGCAGAUGUUGCUCCUAAACCUGGAGAUAUUGUUAAAAACUGAUGAUGCAGCAUCUAUGAUUUCCAAUUCUUCGUUGAAAGGACAGCUGGACUUACUUGGGUCCCAAGUAAGUCCAGCUGUCCUUUCCAAAAGAGUGUUACUCCUAACUUCCACCGCAUCUGGAAUGGCUACGAAAAGGCCAUAUCUGCCGAUCCUAGCUGAUCGUAACCAUUCAAGUUAACGUGUCAAUUUCCACCGGCUUUUUUCCGUUCUGCUGUGGAUCGCCGGACUCCGCAGCUGAUUGCAAGAGUUCUGUUUUUCCCGGACGCCGGAGCAAGCCGGAUGAAUUCAGCACAGAUUAACCCGUGCUGGAAAGGAAGUCGGGCACAGACACAAAAUAAAACAUCCACACCAUGCAAACGGGCAGAGACGAACAAGUGAAAGGUUUUUAGACGUCAUUUCACCCCGAUGACACCAUGGAUGAGGAGAUUUCCUCCUCUGGAAGGACACAAUCAACUGCUUAUAUGUCUAUGUGUCUGUCUUUAUAGAGACAACUUGUUAUCCCACGAUUGAACGUGAAUCCGCAGGUUCUUGUGAGUUCUCGUGAUUCCUGCUGUCCGUAAUCCGCCAUGAAAUUGGCCUCACAAAUGGAUCUGGUAGGAAUUGGUGGACGGUGAAAAUCGAUGCCGUUGCGGAUCGGAGCUGUUCCAGAUGUGGUGGAAAUUCGGGGUUAGAGUUUAAAGUUGCAUCUCCAACCAGCAGAGUGAAAAUGUACAAAUAAAACUGAAACAGAAGUGAAGGAACCUGGAGAAUUGUCAUGAUCAGAUGUUGAAAUCCUUUAAAUUCUCUGUGGACUUCAGCAGCGAUCGAUCGAUCAAUAGCCUUCUAAACAAAACAGAGACAUGAAGUUUCCUCUGAUCCACCAACAGUUCAUAAACUCAGAUCUGUUUCUGUGUUUGCAGCUGACGCCACCGAGAAGGAUCUGUCCGACCUGAUCUCUGAGAUGGAGAUGAUGAAGAUGAUCGGCAAACACAAGAACAUCAUCAACCUACUGGGCGCCUGUACGCAGGACGGUGAGUUCACGCAGACUACGACUUCUACUGAGGAGGAGGAGGAGGUGUUGAGUGAAACCGGGUCUCCUCUGUCUCUGCAGGUCCUCUCUACGUGGUGGUGGAGUACGCCUCCCAAGGGAACCUCAGGGAGUACCUGAGAGCUCGCAGACCUGCAGGGCUGGAGUACUGGAGCGGGUCCAGGCAGGCGUCUUUAGACGGUCUGGAGCUCAGAGAGCUUGUUUCUGCUGCGUAUCAGGUGGCCAGAGGGAUGGCCUACCUGGCCUCCAAGAAGGUUGGUUCCUACAGCAGGUCCUGGUCAGUUUGAGGUUUCAUGGUUGUCCCAGGAUCUGGUCUGAACCUGGUUUUUCUCUCCUGCAGUGCAUCCACAGAGACCUGGCCGCCAGAAACGUGUUGGUGACCGAAGACAACGUGAUGAAGAUCGCUGACUUCGGACUCGCCAGAGACAUCCACCACAUCGACUACUACAAGAAGACCACCAAUGUGAGAAGACCAGUGGCCUAAAAACCACCCAGGUCAGGAGGUUCUGCUGAGACCUUUCUCACUGAUCUUCUCUUUGUUCUUCAGGGUCGUCUGCCGGUGAAGUGGAUGGCUCCUGAAGCUCUGUUCGACCGGGUCUACACGCACCAGAGUGACGUGUAAGUUCCUCCUCAAAGGUUCCUGUCUUUGAGCGCCGACCCAGAUAAAAGAUCUUUAAGGGGGUUUCUAAUGUGUGUGUGUGCUGCAGGUGGUCUUUUGGAGUCCUGCUGUGGGAGAUCUUCACCCUCGGUGGGUCUCCAUACCCCGGCGUCCCCGUGGAGGAGCUCUUUAAGCUUCUGAAGGAGGGACACCGCAUGGAGAAACCCUCUCUGUGCACACAGGAGCUGUGAGUGUCCCAUCAUCUCACCUUGUCCUGAAUUUUUUUAGAGCAAACCUUUGCGGUCACCAUCGGCAACUCCUCUACCUCUGCUAUCUCCUGUGGUGUACCGCAAGGUUCAGUUUUAGGUCCAAUUUUAUUUUCGAUCUACAUGCUGCCCCUCGGCCAAUUAAUUCAGCGCUUUCACGGCUAUGCAGACGACACACAGGUUUACCUUCCUUUGAGACCUGAGGACCCCAGAGGCCUAGCUGCUGUAACCUUCGAUUCAGACCUCACCUUCUCCACCCAUACCAACAAGAUCUUCCAGUCCUGUUUCUUUCACCAGAUCUUGAAGUAAUAAUCCAUGUUUUCAUUUUCUCAAGACUGGACUACUGUAACUCUCUCCUCUGGUUUAAACAAGAAAUCACUCUUCCUCCUCCAACUAGUUCAGAACGCAGCAGCCCGGCUUUUAACUGGUUUUAGUUGAUGGCAUCACAUCACUCCAAUGUUAGCCUCCCUUCACUGACUUCCUGUCAGUUUUAGAAUUGAUUUUAAGAUUUUAUUGAUUACUUUUUAAGGCGCUUUUGCUACCUCAUGAGCCAACUCGCAGCCUCAGAUCCUCUGGCAAAGGCCUCCUGGUCGUUCCAAAGUCGAGACUCAAAACAAAAGGUGAUAGAUCUUUCGCCAUCAGAGCUCCUCGACUCUGGAACGACCUGCCAGAGGAGAUAAGGCGUACAGCAGAGACAGUCACUUCUUUUAACCCAUUAAGACCUGAACCCUGUCUGAGACACACCUCUGAAAUCCUGAGGGCCGUUUUGAGAAGGGCCCCCAGAUCCUGAGGAUUUCUGAAGUGUUUAGGUUUACAAAAAAGCUGAUAUCUCAGCCUCUGUAGCCGAUAAAAACAAAAUUCAAAAAGUAUUUGAGAGCUUACACAUGUGGCUUUCGAGAUAACUAUAUUUUAUUUUUCCGAACCUUCAUCACGUUUUUGAAAACCUUGACCAAACAAACUCAUACGAAAUAAAGCGGCUGUUUAAAUAAAAGUAAAGGCUCUGCACUGAAGAAUAACAAACUGAUUGCUUUGUGUAAAACAAGUGGCAGUCAUGAUAAAGUGUUCAUUCAAUACAAAUGUAAAUAUAAAAAAUAAAGUGUUGAAAGGGUAUACAGCUGCCCUAGUGACGUGCCAGUACAAAAGCAGAAACUAAAAACUAAAAAAUAAAUAAGUGUCUGACAGUGUUCAUGUCUGUGCUCACCCAAAGUCAUGCAACACUCACAGAAAUCGCCAAUAGUGUUAGACAAAGACCUCAAUAUGAAGAGAUUGUUCACACUGCUGGAUGCUUCUCCUCCAAAGCUGCUCUCUGCCUCCGUCAUUGUUUACUUUCCCCACGAAGAAUGUAGCAAGAUCCGAGAAUGAAUCUGAUCCCUUUAUUAGCCUAUCAGAGCUGUCUCUGAUAGGCUAUACAGGUAUGAUGAUUUGAUUCGCCACGACUCCAGAAAUGAUUGAAAAACUACAGAAUGUUACAAAAUGACCUCUCUGCGCUCCAAGCUUGAAGAGUAGACAUGCGCAGCGGCACCACCAGCUUGGAAGGUUGAAAUGCGUACACGCUGUCCCUGUUGAAAUGGGUUAAGUCAAAUUUCAAAACUUACUUUUCUAGACUUGCUUUUAUGUGAUGCCGUCUUUUAUCUUUUAUCUUUUUCUCUCUUUUACCUUGAUCUUAUUUCGACUUACUGUCCUUUUUAGCCUUUAUUUUACUUAUAAUCUUUUCCUAUUGAACCUUUUAGGCCUUUGAUUGAUUUUAUUGUUUUUUCCUGCUCAUGUUUGUUUUUCCAGGUCUUUUGUUUUUAACUGAGCUUUUGUUUUUUAUUUGUUUUUAUUUUCAUGUGCUGAUGUUCUGUGCUUUGCAACUGUUUGUCAAAGACCUUUGUAAACUUCUGUUUUUAAAAAUAAAGUUAUUAUUAUUAUUAUCGGGCACCCCCCUCUGACCUCUGACCUCUACCUCAUGUCCUCUCAGGUACCUGAUGAUGAGAGACUGCUGGCACGCCGUCCCGUCUCGUCGGCCAACUUUCCAGCAGCUGGUGGAGGAUUUAGACCGGACGCUGUCUCUCAUGGCCAACCAGGUGAUGUUUCAUUCAGAGUCGGACUUCAUCUGAGGUCCAGAACCGUUCAGGGUCCAUGUGAAUCUCUAACAGACCUCUUUAACGUCUCUGCUGCAGGAGUACCUGGACCUGUCCGUUCCCCUGGUCCAGUAUUCUCAGGUGGAAACCUUCUCCUCAGAUCUCUCCUCCAGCAGCUCCACGUAGACACUCUAAGAUGUUUCUCUAAAAAAACUCUAUUUCUUCUUCCUGGAUCUCCUCUGAUCCUGGAUCUGGGCGGCGGUCCCGGACAGGAUUUGGCGCUCGGAUGAUGAUGACCUGCUUCUCUGUGGUCCAUCAGCGGCAGCCUGAUGUGAAGAACAGCUGGACUGAGCUGGAUCCUCAUGGAGGCCUCAGGAAGCAGCUCUCUCUCUCUCUCUCUCUCUCUCUCUCUCUCUCUCUCUUUCUCACACACACACACACACACACACUCUGGUAGAGCUGCGUUUCCUUCAGUUGUUGUUAAUAAUGUUGUAAAUAUUGUAAAUAAUAUUUUUUUUUAUAGAAGGAGAAAAAAAAGAUGAAUAAACCCUACAGAAAGAGCUGACUCAUCAGAACACACAGUGACUUUUACUCAUCAAUAAUCAAUCACUAGUUUAUUGAUUCGUUUCUGACUCCUUUAACUUAUUUUGCAACUGUAUUUAUGUCUCUGGUGUUGCCAUGGCGACAUGGUUCAGUGUUACGGUUGAAUUUUGCACUUAUCCUCCCGCUGAUUUACAGAAACGUCUCUGUGUAACAAACUGAGUCUAACAGUAUUAAAUCGUCCUGAACAUCUAAA